AUGAGCGAACCAGCCUAUCUCUGCCUCACCCCUAUGUACAGGGCAUUGCAUCCCAUCGAGGCAGCCAUCUACAUCCGCGAGGCCUCGAUCCUUUCCAUGGCGUACAAUCCGUGCCAUCGUUCGACCCGCAGCUGGCCCCCAACCAGGCAAAACAGCAUCCACGAGGUCAUGCAUGAUUUGGUGGACUCCGAAUUAUCAGACCAGGACAGUUUUCCUUCCUGGAAGAGCACAAUAUCCAUCGACUCUCCCGUCCUAAAUGAUAACGAGGAAGAACACGGUACCACCCUCUUGCAGUACAUCUUGAACCGUUUUCCCGAGUCGGACCCCAACCUGAUUCUGACUUGCCUGAACCGUCGAGAUACUGACGCCGGCCCUCCGUCGCAUUCUAUGGACGAAUGGCUGAAUUCCCAAGCAGACUUUCAGCUCGUCGACCUCCAGAGCGAUAACGAUGACGACUGGUGCCGCUGCUCCAUUGUGUUCUUCGACGACCACCAGCAGUCCCGGGCUGCCAGCCCCGUGGGUUCGCUCCUCAAUAAUUACGACAGUGCGGACGAGUCCGUUGCGUCUUCGGUGAUAUCCUCCCGCCUUGCUUGGAAUGGAAGCCCAAGCAUUCUCACAAGGAACGUCGGCGGGAAUUUCUUGGAGCUGUCACCGUUGCACCAUCCCCUGUGCCCGUGA